AAGCAUUGCGUCACGACAAAGUACAAAUACUCGGCCUCAACCUCCCCCUCCUUACACAAAGCGUUUUCGGUGGUUUCUAUCGAGAAAUAAUCAGCCACGGUGAUUGUUUCAGACCAAGCGACAUUCUAAAGCUAAAACGAGAUGGCCCGUACCAAGCAGACCGCCCGUAAGUCUACCGGAGGAAAGGCGCCAAGGAAGCAGCUCGCUACCAAGGCAGCCAGAAAGAGCGCACCUUCCACAGGGGGCGUGAAGAAGCCUCAUCGUUACAGGCCAGGAACUGUGGCUCUGAGGGAGAUCCGUCGUUACCAGAAGUCCACUGAGCUUCUCAUCCGCAAGCUGCCCUUCCAGCGUCUGGUGAGAGAAAUCGCCCAGGACUUCAAGACUGAUCUGCGCUUCCAGAGUGCCGCCAUUGGAGCUCUUCAGGAGGCCAGUGAGGCUUACCUGGUGGGUCUGUUUGAGGACACCAACUUGUGCGCCAUCCACGCCAAACGUGUCACCAUCAUGCCCAAAGACAUCCAGCUGGCUCGUAGGAUAAGGGGAGAGAGGGCCUAAGUGGCAGGAAAUGAGCCUAUUUAUCAUACUUAACCAUUUUUGUGGACACUUUUAUUUCUUGGGUAUUUUUUUUUUUUUUUUAAAUAAGUUUUCUUUUUUUUGAAUUUUGUAUUGUAUUUUAGAUUGAGACAAUACAUCCAACCAUUCCAUAAGCCUGAGUACACUUUGGGUAGAUGGAAAUAUUGUGCAGUAGGAAUACCUACCUAUUCCAGCUUGGCUCAUUACUACAUUAACAAUAAUCAAUCAACCUUUUGGAGCAAGGAUGAAUUCUUCACACCUUCCAUGGGGGUCCAGGGUUUCUUCACCCAUCUACUAUUUACAACAGAAUGCCAGCAUGUCUUGCUCAGCAGGUCUCACUGCAGUGUUGGGGUGUUGACUACAACAGUUGAUGCUCUACACUCUGUGACAAGGAGCAUGGCAGACCCCUCUGUAUUUUUCUGGACUGCUUUUUACAUGUUUUCCAACAUAAACCUUGGCAGCUACAUUUAAUACUAUUUAUGAAGAUGUUGUCACAUGUCUUUCUAUUAAAGGUCUUUACGAGUA